GUGAAUCUCUGAUAUAAACAACUCGAUAAGCCAUCGGUUAAACAAAUGAAACAAACAUUUAUAAUAUACAAAUCUUAUCAAAAAGAUUUUUAGUGGGAUAAAUGACUCAUAAAAACAUGACACCAGCAUUAAAGAUUACGUAUUUUGACAUCACGGGGUUGGCAGAACCAGCACGUUGGCUACUGAGUUAUGGUAAAAUUGAUUUUGAAGAUCAUCGUAUUACACAUGAAGAGUGGCCGGCGUUGAAAAAUCAAACUCCAUUCGGACAACUUCCAUUAUUGGAGUGUAAUGGAAAAACCGUAUCUCAAAGUGUGGCUAUCACCAGAUAUGUUGCGAAAUUAGUUGGUUUAACUGGAAAGAACGAUUGGGAAGAUCUGGAAAUCGACUCUGUUGUAGACACCAUAAACGAACUUAAACUAAAAUUUCAACCUUAUGGUAUAGAGAAAGACGAAGAGAAAAAACAAAAACUUAAAGAAAUAUUUCUAAAUGAAAGCGUACCUUUUUAUUUGUCACGUUUAGAUGAAAGGGUUAAAAAUAAUGAAGGUUACCUUGUGGGAGGACAUCUUACGUGGGCUGAUGUUUACAUAUCUAGUAUUAUUUUUGCUUUCAAGCGAUAUCUAGAUAAAGAUCUACUUGAAGACUUCCCUACUUUGAAGAAACUUCAGGAAAAAAUAAUUGCAAACAAAAAUAUUCAGGAUUAUUUGAUCACGCAUCCAUUACCUUAAAUUAUGGUCCUUAAUCUAUAUUAUGUACUAAUUAAAAAUAAAUUAUUUACGGGAAUAUAUU